AUGAGUGGGUUAGUAAGAACGGCUCACCGAAUUUUACAUAACUGCGUGAAAAAUAGCAGCGUAGCUGGUGCAGUUGUAAGCAGAACCCAAGUUCCUGUGAAACGUGACUUCACUAGAGGAAUAUGGCACAUGAGUUGUUCUAAACGACUGGACAGUACAUCAGCUUCCUCAAACCUGCUUCAUCACUCUAACACAUGUGGCUGUGGAUGCGGUCUAAAGGCUCUUCAUACGAAAGAUCAACAAGACCAAAAUGCUAAAGCCAAACCCCUGGGUGAGCGUGAGCUUGUGGAGUUCCUUACUGAAGAGAUAGUUGCUGAGCGUAAGGCACAGAAGCUCAAGACUCUACCUUCUGAAGUAGAAGGGUUCAGUGUGAAGGGAGAUGGAGCAGAAGUGGUGCUUACCAAGGAGCUAAAAGAUGAAAUUGUUAAAAUCACAUUCAAUGUGAAUCAUACAGUGGAUUCUGAGGAUUUUGGUGAUGAUGUACAACAAGAGAAGCAGGAGUUUGCUGAAAUGAGAUCCAAGCCCCAAUUUGAAGUUGACCUUGUUAGAGGAGCAACCACGCUAGGGUUUACUUGCUCCUUCUUACAAGAUCCACCAACCACAAAUGCUGAAGAAUACAAUGACAUUUUUGGCAUUGAUGAAGUUACUCUAUACAAAGGAGAGUGGUCAGACAAAGUGUAUGCUGUUGCUGGCGAUGUGCUGGAUGGGUAUCUUUAUGAUCUAUUAAUGAAUCUACUAGAGGAGAAAGGAAUCAGCAAUGAAUUUGUUCAAAAAAUAUCAGAUUUUAGUACUGCGUAUGAGCACACUGCGUACAUCAACCUUUUGGAGGGAAUUUCCAAGUUUACCAUUGGGAAAUAA